GCUGCGGCGCUUUACGUCCCCUUACGUCGCGUUGCGUCGGUGCCGCGCGGGAGGGAGCGGGCCAAGAUGGCGGCGGGGCCCAUCUCGGAGCGGAACCAGGAUGCGACUGUGUACGUGGGGGGUUUGGACGAGAAGGUCAGCGAGCCGCUGCUGUGGGAGCUCUUCCUCCAGGCGGGCCCCGUGGUCAACACCCAUAUGCCCAAGGAUCGAGUCACAGGCCAGCAUCAGGGCUAUGGGUUCGUGGAGUUCCUCAGCGAGGAGGACGCAGAUUACGCCAUUAAAAUCAUGAACAUGAUCAAAUUGUAUGGGAAGCCGAUCCGAGUGAACAAAGCCUCGGCUCACAACAAGAACCUGGAUGUGGGGGCCAACAUCUUCAUAGGCAACCUGGACCCCGAAAUCGAUGAGAAGCUGCUGUACGACACCUUCAGCGCCUUUGGGGUCAUCUUACAGACACCCAAAAUCAUGCGGGAUCCAGACACGGGCAAUUCCAAGGGUUAUGCCUUCAUCAACUUCGCCAGCUUUGAUGCUUCUGACGCUGCUAUCGAGGCCAUGAAUGGACAAUACCUCUGCAACAGGCCCAUCACUGUCUCCUACGCCUUCAAGAAGGAUUCCAAAGGCGAGCGGCACGGCUCAGCUGCUGAGAGGCUCCUGGCCGCUCAGAAUCCACUCUCCCAGGCAGAUCGGCCCCACCAGCUGUUUGCCGAUGCUCCUCCUCCUCCAUCUGUCCCCACCCCUGUGGUCACUGCUCUGGGACCUGGCGUCACCCCUCCAGGCCUCCCACCCCCAGGAUCAUUUCCCCCGCCGGUGCCGCCUCCUGGAGCAAUGCCUCCUGGCAUGCCUCCUGCCAUGCCGCCCCCACCGAUGCCACCUGGAGCCGGUGCCCCCGGCCCCCCCACUGGGGCUGCACCCACCGGAGGGCACCCGCCUCACCCACACGCCUUCCCACCAGGAGGAAUGCACCACCCAGGAAUGCCUCCCAUGCAGGUGCACCACGGCC